GUGGUCCCAUAUUCACUCUGUUGCAAGGUCUGCAUUUCUGACAAGAAUAUUCUGCAGCCCUCAACACUUAAUUCCUUCUUCCACAUCUAAUCUCUUUAUGACAUUGAGCUUGUGAUCUUUGAUCUGUCAGCAGAAGUCAAGCAGUUGCAGUGUUGUGGGUUUGCAGUCUGCAGGUGUUUAUAAACUACAUCCUACAGGGACUAAUAACUAAAGCAAUGGACCAUCGAAUAACUAUUUGGAUAAAAGAAGAGAGAAAAAAUGACAUACCAAGUACACCAGGCUCCAUGGUCGAGGUAUACCCCUCCAGUGUGAAAAUAAAGGAAGAAUUGCAAGAUUAUGUGAAUGAAGAGUUACUUCAAGAUCCAUUGAAAAUCGUAGAGACUUGUUUCGAUGGAAAGGAAGAUGGAGGAAUGGAACUGAAUGCGAGUCCACCUGAGCGUAAUAUUGAAGUAUAUGAAGAGUUCAUCAGUACUGAAUAUGAUCCUAUCAGAGUUAAGAAAGAAGAGGAUUCGGCAUCUGAGAAUGAUUGUCUCGAUGAAUGUGACCCACUGAGCGUGGCAGAUUAUCAGGAGGGAGCAUCGGAAGGAAGCGUACCAGGCAGUAUACGAUUGAUUAAAACCACUGGUGAAGAAACAUGUCUCCAGGGAGCAACUGGUGAUGAGCUGGACAUAGGUGCAGAGAGAUCAGCACAUUCUGUAGGAAUUAGAACACCAAGAUCUUCAUGUGCUUUAAGUAGUGGGACUACACUGACAUUAAUUUGGUGGAGAUUCAUGUUAUAUUGAAAUGUGUGGUCAUGAAUAUAAUAUAGAUCACUGAUGUUCCAUCUUCUGCCAACCACCCAUAUCUACCUCCAAAUCUUCCCCAUUCCCCAUCCAUUCCAACACCACCCACCCCUUCAACUGCCCUCUCCACUCCCCCACCCCAGAAACCCCCAACUUGCACCUCCUGCCAACUGUACCUCUCUUGCCUCUUACUCCAUCCAUUCCACCCCAUUUCUUUUCCUUUUGCUGAACAUUUGUGUUGCAUUGUAGGCACUCUCAUGUUUUAGGUGCAUGUGGGAAAUGUCCUUGAGGAUCUUUCAGUUUCUAAGUUUUGUGGCAUUUCCACCAUCUCAUGUUGGUUGUGAAAAUUGUUGCAGCGGUAUGAUUUCUUUUAAGUUUCCAGGAACCAGUGAAUUAUGAUUUUAUAAUAUUGCAGCCACACAAUCAUUUUUGAAAUCAAAUUUUAUUGUGUAUCUAAAGUGCUUAAUUUACACUCCGAGUAUGGAGUGUUACACACUAUGUCUGUAAGAGGUUGCUAUGAAUGUAUAUUACAAGAAUGUGUUAAGCACUUAGACAAAUCAAUAUCCACCAUGCCUUUUAGGGUAAUGCCUCUUGUAACCCAACGAUGGUGUGGCAUGCACAGUCAUGCAGCUUUGUUACAAGCUCUGCCAUUGUUUUGACAAAUGUUAAUGUCAGUUGUUGCACUGAAGUGAUGAAUACAGACAGCAGUAAUAUACUUGCCCUUAGCUACACCAUAUUGUGUAUCAGUGGUUAUUCACUUUGCACAGUAUCAGCAAUAUUAUGUUUUUAUGGUAUGUAUUGGAUCAUGUAAUGUGAUGACUGGUUUGUAAGACAGAAAUGUUUUUUUACAAUGAUGAUGUGUCACAGAGAGGUAACAUAUAUUCUAAUAUGUAAGUAAUGUUUUCACAUAGACAGUGACUUCUUGUUAGUAUACCUUGCACAGUGUGAUAUGCACACAUUACUAAUUUUCAGUUCAACAUGCACUAAACAAUACCUGUAAAGCUGAAAUAUUGAUUGUGUGAAAUAAAUGAACAGUUUCUAGUCAAAUGGUGGAAAUGUUUUUCAAAAAAUUCUAUGUGACUGAUCCACCAUGAAGGGAAAACCAUUAUAUGAAUAAGUGAGAAGUUUACAGUGCAUUUAUAAUAGAAAUUCUCUGGUACAUUAAAACUUUUUUAUAUGUCGAACUUAGUCAUGUAUGAUACUUCUCUUUACUAAUAAUGAAGAAAUUCAUAUACUAUGGUUUGAAACUUUAUCUUGUAUUAAAACACUGAAAAUUAUCGAAAUUGAAGUGUAUUCAAAUUAAGCCUAUUGCUAAAAUUAUGAUGAUUAUUUACAGAGAAAUAUUGCAUGUGUAGAUUUAUUACACUAAUCCGCAUGGUAUCAGAUGACUGAAACUAAUGUCUUUUGCAACUUCUACAUAUUAUUCCAAUUCCAAAUAUGUUUUCAUUUUUUUCAUGUCACAUAGAGUUCUGCUGCUAUUUGACUUCGAAGGAUAUUAUUGUGCUAUUAGGUUAUGUGUACUGUUGGAGGGAAAUUUCUCAAUAAGGUGGUGUAUGCCUUCAGUUUUUUACACCUGUUGAUGCUAGUUGGUUUUGUGUGACCUUGAAAGUAUUGUUUAUCUCACUGGCUUGCAUUAUCAGUGCUAUAUUGUGAUUAUUCUGUAUAUUUAAGAUGGUGUUAAUAAAACAGCUUACCUGUUAUUUCUAGUUACUACAAUGUUAACAUGCAAGUGUUUGAACAACUCUGAUGCUUUCUGUUACUCAUAUAUUUGUGAAAAUUACACACUGCCUAAACAGAGAAUAAUUAUAACAGACUUUGUUGAAAUAUGCUUACCAGUCUUAUUUUAAAAUGUAACUUGGUGACCAGAAAACAAGUGGAUGCCAAAGACAGUUUGUCAUUAUUGUGUUGAGAGGUCAAGAUUGUGGACAACAAGGAAAGAAAACAUGCAUGCCAUUUGCAAUUCCAGUGGUGUGAAGGGAGUUUAAAAAUAACCUUAAUGACUGUUACUUCUGUUUAGUUAAUAUUCUGGGGUGCAGUUCGAAAAGUAAGAAACAAAUUGUGUAUCUAAGCAUUGAUUUAGCUGUUGGGCCAGUUGCACAUGGAGAAGUUCAGAUUACUCCUCUUGCUCCAGCUGUUGUAGAGAAUGUGGCGGUAGAUGGUGAUGAAAAUGGAGUUGAUGCAAUUACCAAAGAUGGUAAUGUUUACCAGGCUGUGUGUGACUGUCUCUCACAACUGUUCUAUCAGAGUGAACUUAAUGGCUACAUAUGAGAUUUAAAUGUGCCUAAGGAAUCUGCAGAACUACUUGGCUCCCAGUAAAUGACUAAGAAUCUUCUGGUACCAGGAACACAUUAAUGAUGGUACAGACAUACUGAGAAAGAAUUAGUUUCUUCAUUCACACAGAAUGAGUCCUUGGUUUACUGCAAUAAUAUAAACGAGUUAAUGCACUUCUAUGCCAUUGAACAUGAUCCUGCUGAGUGUAAACCUUUUCUAGACUCACCAACGAGGAGCGUGAAAGACGUUUUGUUGCAUAAUGGGAGUGCAUAUGGUUUCAUACCUGUGCUCCAUUCAGUUCAAAUGAAAGAGACCUAUGAAAACAUGAAGAUACUUUUUAACAAGUGUCCAAUAUGAGGAGCACAAAGAGCUUUUUUUUUUUUUUUUUUACUCCAGAGUUAUCAAAAUACUGUUAAAACAUGAAGUGGGGUUCACAAAAAUGCCUUGCUUUCUAUGCAAGGGCAAGGCAAAGACUCGAUUGUGAGAGUUUGGCUGGAGUGGAAAAAUUUUAUGCCUGUAACUAGAACUAUCCUGCAUGAACCACUUGUAGAAAAAAAAAACUUGCUUUCAAUACUGCUCAUAAAAUUGGGCUUGAUGAAGUAAUUUGUAAAGGCUCUACCACAGGACAGACCCUGCUUAAAGUAUCCUUCCAAGAAAUUUUUGUUUAUCACACAAGACAAAUUGAAAGCUAGAAUUUUUUUGGUCCUCAAAUAAAGGAAUUGAUGAAAGAUGAAGAUCUUGAUAAGAAAAUAAAGAAUAGAAAAAUAUGAGCAUUGACUGCCUUCUGAUCUGUUAUUGAGCACUUUAUAGGUUUAAUAAAGAUCCUAUGUUUAAAACAAUUGCAAAAUUUCAAGAUGGGUUGUAACAUGAGUGUGAAAGUCCACUUUGUGCACUCACAUAUUGACUGUUCCCUGGAAAAUUUUAUACACGAUAGUGAAGAGCAGAGUGAGUGUUUUCACCAAGAUAUUGAGGUGAUGGAGAGGAGGUUUUGGGAACUGGAGUGCAACUAUGAUAGCUGAUUACUGUCUGAUGUUGGAGGGACAAUCAUUAUAUGCAAGGUUGUGCAAGGAAGUCAAAGAAGAGAAAGUUUAAAAAUUAAUGGAAUGCUGUUGACUUCUUUUCUUAAAGGUAACCACAAAAUAAAUUAGUGAAG